AUUUUGUGGGACUUUUUAUAAAAGCAAAUGAUUGGCCAAUCAAUACAGAAAAUGACGAUAAAAGAAAAAGGGUCAUCAUCAUCAUCAUUCAUCACUCAUCUCUCUUUUUAUCUUCUUUGGUGAGACAAACAUUAAUAAAGGGCUGACGGUUACUCUUUAUUCUUCUUGAGCCACAUUGAACAGCUCUUGUCUGAGAUUCAAAGUUAAUUGAGGUACCCAAGGUAACUAGAGUGUAUCUUUUUUUUUUCUUCUUUUAUCCUGUCUUUCUCUCUCUCUCUUUUGUUCUAUCUCUGACCCACUUUCCUUUAAUUACUAAAAAAGAGAGAACACAGACAAAAAGAGAAUGUCACUUGAUGUUAAACGACCAUUAGUUGAAGAUUGGAAAAAGAAUAGAAAAUAUGGUGUCAUUAUAGAUGCUGGUUCAUCUGGUUCAAGAGUCUAUAUUUACUCUUGGAAAGAUCAUGAACAUGCAAAGAGUGCAUUCACUAUAGAUGAACUGAAAGGAAAGAUACCUGUUGUUGAAAGAGCUGACUAUAACGGUCUGAAAUGGACUUCACGAGAGGAACCAGGCAUAUCCACCUAUGGAUCAAAACCAUCUGAAGUAGGUGAGCAUCUUGACAUGUUGCUCAACUUUGCUAAAGAGGUCGUUCCAGAAGAGAAUCAAUCAAGUACACCUAUCUUCUUGAUGGCCACAGCCGGUAUGCGAUUAUUACCACAAGAUCAGCAAGAAGCAUUACUCAAAUCAACCUGCGACUACAUCCACACAAAUUCACAUUUCUUCAUGAGCAACUGCGAAGCCCACGUUCGGAUUAUCUCUGGUGAACUCGAAGGUGUCUACGGCUGGGUGGCCGUGAAUUAUCUGAUGGGCGGAUUUGAUACGAGCAUCAAGGCCUAUAUUGAUCAGCAACCAAAAAAGCCAGAGGAACAGCAUCACACGUUUGGAUUUUUGGAUAUGGGUGGGGCCUCUGCUCAGAUCGCAUUUGAGCCAGAGCAUCACCAAAAGGAAGAGCACAGAGACGAUUUGACUCAGGUCACACUGAGGACGCUGGACGGAAGAACGGUUGAAUAUGACGUCUUUGUUACUACCUUUUUAGGAUACGGUAGCAAUGAGGCCAGAAGACGGUAUUUAGAAAAACGUGUAGAGGAGGUGUUUGCGGAAGUGAAUGGAAAGGAGCAGCAAAAGCACUUGCUGGACGAGCAUCACCUGCUACAUCUUCAAGAUCCCUGUUUGCCUCUCAAUCUGAACCUGACUGAUUCUCACUCGACAAGCAUUCCGUUAUAUCUACAUGGAACGGGUGACUUUAAUGAAUGCAUCAAGUAUACCGAACCUUUACUGAACAAAGAUGCUGCCUGUCCCACCCAGCCCUGUCUCUUCAACGGUGUUCAUACGCCUCACAUUGACUGGUCGGUGAACAAAUUUGUGGGUAUUUCUGAAUACUGGUAUUCAACACAUGAUAUCCUUGGACUGGGUGGUGUAUAUGAUUUUACAGAAUAUGAAGAAAAGGCAACACAAUACUGCAGCAAAGACUGGAACGCGGUCAUAGAGGAGCACAAAGACGUGUCACAGAUGGAGCUGAACAGGUAUCAGAUGCAAUGCUUCAAGUCCGCUUGGAUUGUGAAUGUCCUGCAUGAGGGGAUACAGAUUCCUCGUAUCAAUAAUCCAAGUGGCCAUCUCAACUUGACAGAGGAUGAACAGUUGCUAGAGCAGGUAAAGCAGAGCGUCGAAUCAAAGAACUGGCAUCCCCUCUUUCAGAGCAUCGACACGAUCAACGAUAUCCAAGUCUCUUGGACACUCGGAGCCAUGCUGUUGCAUGUUGCCAAUCAGAUCCCUUUGGAAGAUCACCAUGAUGGAUUUCUUGGCCACAACACAGACGACGAAGACGUACACGAAAUCGCAGACGGUGUAGGCGUGACAGAUGGACACAGGGUCGAGUCUGUGCCAGAACGGGAAAAGAUAUCUGCAGCCGUCCUAGGCGUUAUUUUCUUUAUCAUCCUGAUCGCCAUCCUGUUUAUGUUUUUCGUUUGCAAAAAGAUGCGUAAACGACGCAGCUUCAACCUGGGCGCCAGUGGCGGUCUCUUGGGUAGUAAUAAUGACCUGUCCACUCAAAAGCGAUUCCUGUCUGCUUUGACAAAAUCGAUCUCGAGGGCCACCAUCAUGAUCCGACAGUGGAUAAACCACCAUGGACAAUAUACCUCGGUCAACACGACAGAUGUCUCACUCGAUUCAUUGGAUGAGCCUUCAAAUACUUCUGAGAUGGUGACGAUCAGCAUACCUGCCACCUUGGGUCCUUCCACCAAAACGCCAAGCGUGAUCUCGAAACAGUACUGGAGUAAGAAGAGGUACAGUGGCGAUAGUCAUAGUACACUUUUUCCUCAUGAACACAGUAUUGUCGAAGGCGGCAUUUUGCCGUUCAGGACAACGUCCGCACUCGGCCUGGCUAACCGUAAUGGCAGCUCGUCCAACCUGACUGCCCGAACAGGAAGCGCGCCUAACCUAUCGGGGCUCAUGGAUCGCUCGCCUUCACCUGCGGACAUCCAACGGUCGAGGUCACGUCUCGGGUUUGUGAUUCAUGAACAGUCAGAUGAAGAAGAGUACGUGAUUCAUGAUGGCCCUGUGGAAAGCGGCACGGCUGCUACACUAUGGUUACAGCAACAGACAGGUAGUAGACGUGGUAGUCCAAGAGGCAGUCCAAGAGGAAGUCUAGAUGAAAGACGAAAAAAGAAGGAAGAUGUAUCAUAGACACAUGUGUAUACCUUUUAUUCACUGCAUUUAUUUAUUAUAACUUUAUCCCUUUCUUUCUAAUUACCCUUCAUUCUCUAAUAAUAAUAAACGUACACUC